CUUGUAGCGUCUGCACCAAGUCUGCAAGCGAGCAAGCAAUUUUAACAGUAAAAAAUCGGACAGCUCCGAAUCGGAAUUUCACGGGAAGGAAUUAAAGUCGCUGCAAAUUCUGGGGGGAAAAAGACCAAAGAGAGAGAGAGAGAAAGGAAGCCGAGUCGGUCUUGAGAGAGAGGGGGGCGAGCGUUUUCGCUCUCAAGGCAGGGAAAAUUCGAUGAUGACCAUGACUACGAUGGCUGACGGUCUGGAGGCGCAGGACUCGUCCAAGUCCGCUUUCAUGGAGUUCGGCCAGCAGCAAGGGCAGCAAGGCCAAUCCCAUUCGGCGCAGAGCUCGCCGUCCAUGGCUGGCGCGCACUACCCGCUGCACUGCCUGCACUCGGGCUCGCACCACCACCAGCACGACAACACCGCCGCCUACCCGGCCGGCAACACCUACAACCGCUCCCUAGCCUACCCUUACGUGAGCCACCCGCACCACAGUCCCUACCUGUCCACCUACCACAACAACACGGGAGCGCAGACGCGGUUAGACGGCGCAGAGCAGCAGAAAACGACGGUGAUCGAAAACGGGGAGAUUCGAUUUAACGGGAAAGGGAAGAAAAUCCGCAAACCAAGGACGAUUUAUUCCAGUUUGCAGCUACAGGCGCUUAAUCACCGAUUCCAGCAAACCCAGUACCUCGCUUUACCUGAGCGGGCCGAAUUGGCCGCAUCGUUAGGCCUGACCCAAACCCAGGUAAAGAUCUGGUUCCAGAACAAGCGCUCCAAAUUCAAGAAGCUCCUCAAGCAAGGUGGCAACCCGCACGAGAGCGACCCAAUGCCGGCAUCCAUGAGCCUCUCCCCCCGGUCUCCGUCCAUCCCCCCAAUAUGGGACGUGUCGGCCUCAUCCAAAGGAGUAAACAUGGCAGCCAACAGCUACAUGCCCGGCUACUCUCACUGGUAUUCAUCCCCGCACCAGGACUCCAUGCAGAGAUAGACUUUUCCAAACCGGGAUUGGGAGUUUAAAAGCGGCCUAACGUGAGAGGACCGGCCGCCUCCGUAUGGAUGUCCCAGAUGUGGAGGAACUGACAUUUUUACGUGACUGUCCUGCUGUCACCCGUCACAAAAUAUCGUCAGUGACAUCCAAGCCAAGUUCCGGCAAAAACUGACCCACGUGGUCUUAACGUGGACUUGUACACUGCUCAUUUUUCAGGGGGGGUGGAUGAGUGUUUGUAAAUAGAAUCCGCCACUUCACUUGUACAUAGACUUUUUAUGUUCUGUCAGAUUGAGUAAAAGCGUGACUCCAAACAUGCUUUUUGUGUGCUUUAAAGUCAAAAUCCGA